UAUAUAGAAACAAACAAAGACAGAUAAGUACAAAUUAUUAUUAUUAUUAUCUUGGAAGGAAAAAAGAAGGGGGAGGGAAGACGAAAUUGGCAGUGUGAUUCGGCGUACUAGAAACGGAUAAUGCUGCAGUUCAAUGACGCGCCAAAUUCCUCAUCUUGCAGCAGAAAAAGAAAACAAAACAAUCCAUAAAAAGCCUCGAAAUAGGUGUAACAACGGACACUUUUUCAAGCUGGUAAAGCCUUCUUACCAGGAUCUACACGACUGAGCCAACAAAGAUCGAUAAGGGCAGCAGAAAGUUGUACCGUCAUGCAUUGCCUGCCAAUGGGGCCGGUGGUGUCUAUCUACCUUUUCUUCCAUGCAUGUUGUCUGGGGGGAUCUCAACGCCAACAUGGACUGACGUCCGUAUGUAUGUAUCAGAUUAGUAGGUAUUUUAUACAAAGCGGCAGUAGCCAGCCAGAUCUAGAUUUGAUCAUUGUGAGCAAAAAGACCCCCAAGAAAAUGAAACAUGAAGAAAGUGCGUGGCGGAACCCUCAGUUAAUUGUUGCAGGGAGGGGCUAGCAGAACUUUGGUACACAGUAGAUCAGUUAGUGUCU